AUGAUGGGAGUAACAUUAAAAUCGGUACUUGUAUCGGCUUUAGUAGGUUUGACUUCUAUUGUCAAAGCUGCAGACUUGCCAGCUAUUGAAGUCGUUGGUAAUAAGUUUUUCUACUCAAAUAACGGUUCUCAAUUUUAUAUCAAGGGUAUUGCUUAUCAGCAAAAUCCGGAAAAUUCAACAGGUACAUUUGUUGAUCCUUUAGCUAAUGCCGAGACUUGUAAAAGAGAUAUUGCUUAUUUGUCGGCUAUUGAUACCAAUGUCAUCAGAGUUUAUGCGUUAGAUGUCAAUGAGGAUCAUACCGAGUGUAUGCAAGCUUUAGCAGACGCUGGCAUAUAUAUCAUUGCUGAUUUAUCUCAGCCAGAUGAAUCAAUCAAUAGAAAAGAUCCACAGUGGACAUUGGACUUGUUCCAAAGAUACACAGAUGUUGUUGACAAAUUUCACAAUUAUACUAAUGUCUUGGGUUUUUUUGCUGGUAAUGAAGUAACCAAUGAUGAUACAAAUACUGCUGCUUCUGCUUAUGUCAAGGCUGCUAUAAGAGAUACCAAGGCUUACAUCAAGGCUAAAAACUACCGGUCUAUCCCAGUUGGCUAUUCCUCAAAUGACGAUGAUAUUAUUAGAGUAGCAUUAGCCGAUUAUUUCGCUUGUGGCAACCAAGACGAAAGAGCUGAUUUCUUUGGUAUCAACAUGUAUGAAUGGUGUGGUACACAAACCUAUCAAUCGUCAGGUUACCAAAAUGCAACAGAAGACUACAAGAACUUGGGUAUUCCAAUUUUUUUCUCGGAAUAUGGCUGUAAUCAGGUCCAACCUAGAAGAUUCGAAGAAGUUUCAACUUUAUUCGGUAGUCAGAUGACUGAUGUUUGGUCGGGUGGUAUUGUUUACAUGUAUUUUGAAGAAGAAAACAAUUAUGGUUUGGUUUCUGUUGAUUCAAAUGGUAAAGUUUCAACUUUGGAUGAUUACAAUUACUAUAAAUCGGAGAUCAAAAAAAUUAGCCCAUCUUCAGCUUCAAUCAAUUCCCAAAAUGCAACUGGCGCUUCAUCGCCUACUUCAUGCCCUACUGCAACUGACGUAUGGGCUGCUUCAACUGAAUUACCUCCAACUCCUGAUAAGGAUAUUUGCGACUGUAUGCAGUCAUCGUUGAAAUGUGUAGUUAAAGAUUCCGUUGACGAUGAAGACUACGCUGACUUGUACGACUAUGUAUGUGCAAAGGUUGAUUGUUCAGGAAUCUCAUCAAAUGGUACAACUGGUAAAUAUGGUGCAUAUUCUCCAUGCUCACCAAAGGAGAAAUUGUCAUUUGUCUUUAACUUGUACUAUUUGGAUCAAGGCGAAAGCUCGUCAGCUUGUGAUUUCAGUGGCUCGGCAUCUUUAAAGAGUGCUUCGACAGCUUCUUCGUGCUCAGCUUAUUUAAGUUCAGCUGGUGUUUCGGGAUUAGGUUCAAUACAAGGCAGUGUGAGAACAGAUACUUCUGAAGCUACAGGUAGUAAUGGUAAAUCUGGCAGUUCUAGCGGUUCCUCAUCAACCAGUAGUGGUUCCUCAUCUUCGUCAAGUGGGUCAUCGGAUAAGAAAUCAGCCGCUUCUAGUGUAACUUUAACUGCAUUCACUAAAGCUGGUGUAAUCGGACUUUCGAUGAUUGUUGGUUUUGGUAUGAUUAUGAUAUAG